AUGUGCUGCCACAGUCGCGUGAUAUACUCGACGUGCGGACACAGCUCAUUCUGCCCACGGCCUCUCUUGGAAUGUCGCGAUGCUUCAUUCGAUCCUUCGGUUCCGUGGUCCACGGGCUGCGAGAUCGCGGCACAUCCGUACAAAAGCUUGCGGCUCGAUCGACUGUGUCCGUCUUGCAGCUCGACACGAGAGCGGUUGCUCCUGGAGAUCAAUACGAAGCAGUCCGUGAAGUUUGACGAAUGGCAGUGGAAAGUUUCUUAUGGCAUGCCGAGUGGCGGUAAAGAUUACUGGACCAAGAAGGCGGAAGAGCGUGAGGAGGAGGACAGGAAGAAGAUUGAGCCA